CGAAGCCGUAGUUGAAGGAUACGCGCGUUGGUUUCUGUGUGGAAAUUGCAUGUGGAAGAGGGCAUCCGACCCAGUUUUGUAAAAGCGGCGACCUUUUUCUGAUCCGCGAGGAAUUUGAAUCGCCCGUAACACCACGAAAUGUGCACCCCGUGCUGUGUUUCGCAGCUGGCAUGUUGUUGUGGCUCGGCGGCAUGCUCGUGCUGCUGUCGCUGUUGUCCCAAUAUCAAACAGUCCACUGGGACCCGCGUUAUGUACGCAUUCUACUUCCUCCUCGUCACCAUCGUCUGCGCCAUCAUGAUGUCCCCCACAGUCGAGCGGGAGAUGAGAGAAUAUAUCCCGUUCUACAGUGAUCUGUGUGCGAAGAUGAAUGCAGGAGAGAACUGCAAGGUUCUGGUUGGCUAUUCUGCCGUCUACAAGGUCUGCUUUGGCAUGGCCUGCUUCUUCUUCUUUUUCUUCAUCUUCACCUUAGGAGUCAACAACAGCACAGGCUGCAGAGCAGUCGUACACAAUGGAUUCUGGUUAUUGAAGUUCUUUGCGCUGGUGGCGUGCUGCGCUGGAGGCUUCUUCAUCCCUCAAGAGCAAACCUUUCUGGAAGUGUGGCGCUACAUAGGAGCAAUCGGUGGGUUCUUCUUCCUGCUCAUCCAGCUGAUGCUGUUGGUGGAGUUUGCCCAUAGGUGGAACACGAACUGGAGUUCUGGAGUGAAGCAUAACCCUUUUUGGUAUGCAGCCCUCGCCUUCGUGACCCUGAUGCUGUUCAGUGUGGCAGUGGGGGCGGUGGUGUUCAUGGGUGUGUUUUACACCCACCCGGAGGCCUGUCUCCUCAACAAGAUCUUCCUGGGCGUCAAUGCUAGCCUCUGCCUCAUUGUCUCUCUGUUGGCCAUCUCCCCCUGCAUACAGAAACUGCAGCCCACGUCAGGCCUGUUGCAGCCAGGGGUCAUCAGUGUGUAUGUCAUGUAUCUCACCUUCUCAGCCUUCACCAGCAAACCCAAGGAAGUCGUGGAGAGGAAUGGUGUGAACACAACGGUGUGUGUAUUUCUGUUCAACUCCGGGACAGAGGGCGACAAGAAGAUUGUCACGAUUGUUGGCGCUAUUAUCCUGUUUGCCUGUAUCCUCUACUCCUGUUUGACAUCCACUACCCGACGAAGUUCUGCAGCACUGCGAGUGUGUAGGAACAAUGAACCAGAGACUGAGAGAGCUCGCUGCUGUUUUUGUUUCUCAGAUGACACAGGUGAGAAGACUGAAAUUGUUCCCUCUCUGAUUCAUUUUGGUCUCACUGGGUCUUUGUAAUUAUACUUUAGCUUUGACAACCACGACAUUGAGAAGCUGUAGGAGGGAAGCUGGUCUGUGUUCUGGAUCAAGAUGGCCUCCUGCUGGAUCUGUCUAAUCCUCUAUUUGUGGACCCUCAUUGCUCCCAUGGUCUGCCCCAAGCGUUUUGAAGCUUAG